AUGCCGACGUCCAGUACCCGUCGCAAUGCCAACCGUGCUCGGUGUCAGUUCGCUGGUUGUGACAAGUUCGCUCAGACCCGAGGACUGUGCAAGGCUCACGGCGGUGGCUCUCGUUGCCGUGACCCGCAGUGCAACAAGCUCGCUCAAAGUCGUGGCUUGUGCAUUGCCCACGGUGGUGGCCGUCGCUGCCAGUUUGACGGCUGCCAGAAGCUGGCACAGUCCAAGGGCUACUGCAUUUCACACGGCGGCGGCCGUCGCUGUACCAUCCCGAACUGCGAGAAGUUCUCUCAGGUCAAGGGCCGCUGCAAGUCUCACUCCAAGCUUCUGACGGUCGGAUUGUACUCUCCGUCCCACGGCGUCGUGACCCCACCCAGCUCGACCGGCAACUCGUUCAUCUCACCCACUAGAACUAAGCUUUCGAUCGACUUCCUGGUGAACCCGCUUUUGCGCAGCUCUUCCAUUGGCGACAAGGUGCCGACCAAACAUAUUCAAGUGCCUGCCUUACGUCCCAUUACGCAACUCGCUAACCCAUUCACCUCGACUGGCAUGGGCUGCCAUCCUCGAUACGACACACAAGUGUUGGGCAACCAGCGAUCAUUGCUGUCGUUUCGUGAGUCGCACGGACCCGUCACGUCCCACCCGGCACCCCAGCCUCAAUAUGCGGCCGCGCCGGGACACUACCAGGCACCAAUUCUGCCACCGCUUACGAUGUACCGCUAA